GGUCGAAACCCUUCUUCAGUCUGAAGAAGGAUUUCGACCCGAAACGUUGCCUAUUUCCACCAUUCCUUAGAUGCUACCUCACCCGCUGAGUUUCUCCAGCAUUUUUGUCUACCUUCGAUUUUCCAGCAUCUGCAGUUCCUUCUUAAACUAAAAUUUUGCUGUGCCUGUAUUGAAUUGUAUCUGUUCUUCCUUGUUUUACAGGCAAUGGACAACAGCUGUUUGGACAUCAAUCCCCAGUUGGACAAGUACUAUCUUACAAGUCUGUACGGAAUACAGUUUGUUUUGGGACUUGUGGGCAACAUUUUUGUAAUAUGGGCGUAUUUGUUCUGUCUGAAAGAGUGGAAGUGUUGCAACAUCUACCUUUUCAAUCUAUCCAUCUCAGACCUGAUCUUCACCUGCACGCUCCCCUCGCUUAUAAGUUACUACAGCAACGGCAACCAGUGGGCCUACAGUGUUCAUGCCUGCAAGAUUUAUAAAUGCAUCCUCCACUCCAACAUGUAUGCAAGCAUCUUGUUUCUCACCUGCAUUAGUUGGGAUCGGUACCUCCUGGUCACAAGCCCCUUGAAAGUCCACUGUAUUCAAACAAAAUUCAAUGCCAUUAUCAUUUGUUUAUGCCUCUGGACUUUUGUUACAGUGGAGGUAAUUCCUAUGAUCACCAUUUUUAACAGUGACGGAGCCCCAAACAAUACAAUCUCCCAUUGUUCUGACUAUGCCAGUUCAGGAGAUGCCAAGUGGAAUCUGAUUUACAGUUUGUACCUCACUGUGUUUGGUUUCCUCGUGCCCCUGUGUGCAAUGUUCACCAUGUAUGUUCGAAUUGCCCGCGUCUUGAAGAAAAUGGGGCGGGGAAACAGUCAGAUCAGGGUGAACAAGGCUCUCAAGAUGGUGAUACUGGCCAUCACUAUCUUCGCCGUGCUCUUCACACCCUACCACGUGAUGCGCAAUGUCCGCAUCGUGUCCCGACUGGACGGCAUACGCAUGUCCAAGUGUGGUGUGUCUGUUGUGAAGGCUGUCUACACCAUCACCAGGCCAGUGGCGUUCCUCAACUCAAUCACCAACCCUUUUUUCUACUUCAUGACAGGCGACAAAUUCAGGGAGCUGGUUGUUGACAAGCUGCAGAGCAUCUUCUCAAGAAUACGGAAGCCCUCAAAUAAGAAUGAAAAUAGCCCCGACCACGUCGUUAAGUUCAACAAAACCACAGUAUGAUUUAGUUCUGAUGCGAAACAAAAUAUUGAUAGCCAGAAUAUUAGCUGUAAUGUAUUAUUCUUUCAAAUGCUUUUUGAGGUUUUUUUUUCUGUCGCCCGUCCUAGGAAGUGGCACUGUUGCACCACAGGUUGAGCCGCUAGCUCACAACAGAAGAGACCCGGGUUCGAUCCUGACCUUGGGUGCUGUCCGUGUAGAGUUUGUACGGUCUCCCUACGACUACGUGUGUUUCUUCCGGGUGCUCCGGUUUCCACCCACAUCCCAAAUACAUACAAGUUUGCAGGUUAAUUAGCCAUUGUAAAUUCUCCUAAGUUUGUAGGGAAUGUAUGCGAAAGUAGGAUGACACCGCACUAGUGAGUACGGGUGAUCGGUGGUCGGAGUGGACUGAGUGGGCCGAAGGGGCUGUUUCCAUGCUGUGUUUUUCAAUCAAUUUCAAAGAAUACUGAUAAACUUCCCCAUGGUAGUUAGUAUAUGGAGCGAGCUACCAAAGGAAGUGGUUGAGGCAGGAACAAGAACACCUUGUAUAAGACUUUCGGACAGGUAUAUAGAUAGGAAAAAGUUAGAGGGAUUUGGGUCAACCGUGGGCAAAUGGGACUAUCUUAUCGACAUGGACCAGUUGGGCCAAAGGGCUUGUUUCCGUGCUGUACAACUCUAUGACUCUACGUAUCCAGAUUGUAUUACUCAGCUGCAUUUGUAUGGCGAUUUACUGUGACAAUUGACUCACCAACUUGUGCGUCUUUAAGAUGUGGAAAAAAACUUGACCUCCUGAAAGAAAUGCAUAGAGUCACAGGGAGAACGUGCAAACUCUACAUACAGACAGCACCCGAGCUCAGGAUCAUUGGGGGUGGGUCGGUCGGGGAUCUCUCGGUCGGUUUCUGCCAAGUCUGACCAAGCGAGCCAUCUGUGGGUCAUAGCAGCGGACAGCCGAGGGCUCCACCCAGGCAGACUGCCCGGCCCUCUUCCGGGUUUAUGUGUGUGCCCAAGUGCCCCUGGAGACAGAGACGCGGUGUCCUUGGCUGCUUUCCAGGACCACUGGGCGCUGCAGGGGCUAGUGCUUCUUAUUGGGAGUAACAACGUUUUGCUUUGAUAUUUAUACAGGUACACCAUCGAUUUUCCGGCACCCUUGCAGGAUUAUCCAUUUUGCUGGACCAAUUUAGGUGACGUAAUGUUCAGCAAUAUACCUCUUAUGCAUUAAUUUACCCCUUCCAUGUCUCUAAAGCAGUGAUGACUGCUAAAUACUUAAGUAAAGAAUCAACAAUUAACAAAGAAGUAAACAAUUAACGCUUUCUGGAUGAAGGCAAGACUACUGAAAGAGCAUGCACCACAUGCAAACCUCUCAUAAUUUUGUCCGGAUUAAAGGAGGUGCUGGACCAUCAGUUGCUGGAAAUCGGUGGUGGACCUUUAUGUAAAUUCCCUAUUUUUAGAUUAACAUCUCCAUGAAAUAGCAUUUUAGUUAUCAUUUUGUACCUGUAAAUUAACUCACUUUUGUAAAAAAAUAACUGCUUGAAUGUCAUUGAAAUGUCAUUAAAUGGCAGAAAUGUCCAAACAUUUUGCCCCAUUUUAGUCAGAAAUCCCAUCUCCCCAAGCUUACCUCCAAUUCCAGAUUAUC